CUUCAUGCUGUCAGAACGUGGGGAAAGUACUGCCGAGAACCAGCAGUUGUCAGAGCGGGGAUCGGCACCGAUUAUCAGGGCACUGAUGAUCAGUACCCUGAUGAUCGGUGCCCACAAGUGCCACCCACCAGUUCCACCCACCUGUGCCCAGCAGUGCCGCCCACCAGUGCCCAGCGCAGUGCCACCCACCUGUGUCACCCACCUGUGCCCAUCAGUGCCAUCCACCUGUGUCACUCAACUCUGCCCAUCAGCGCCACCCACCUGUGCCCAUCAGUGCCACCCACCUCUGCCCAUCAGUGCCACCCACCUGUGCCCAUCAGUGCCACCCACCAGUGCCUUUCAGUGCAGCCCAGCAGUGUUGACU